CGAUGUUCUGCUGACCAAAACAUCGAGGCAGCUGUAGGUUCCUUCCACAAGUGACUGAAUGCUGAGAUAUGCUGAUCAAAAAAAAGCCAGAAAUGGACCUCACCUGGGCAAACUAGAGGAAUUUUCUAAUCAAUCCUAGUGCAGAGGUCACACAGUCAUGGAAUUGCCUCACUAGCAGAGGACCCACCUAACCCAGUCUUGGGAUUUGACUGAAAGCCUUGUGCUGCUGAGUGGAGUGGCUGCUGGAUUUACUUCCUCAGAAUGAAACCAUUAAAAAUAUAAAGUAAAUUUUCUGCAGCACACUUCCCAGGCCAUCCCAGUGAUUAAAUGAAGUUGUGGCUGAACAAAAUGUAAUAAACACAGCGAGUGUGGAAGCCCUGACAGCAACCGAGCCAUCAGCUGAGGACCCCCAGACGUGGAUGGGGAUGCCGCAGAUAGCAGCAUCGCUCUUAUUGCUCUGCGUUCAGGUGCCUCGCAGGGACGUCGCUUCCACCUGCGAGCGAGUUUGAGCGGUCGGCUGUGGAUUUUAUAGUUGCUUCUCCGCAAACCAAGGGUUAGCCGGGUGGCUUUGGCUUUUUGGGAAGGAGCCCUGCCCCGGCCCGCUGUGUGCGAUGGAUUGAGGCGUGCCCGGCUGCGCCCCCAGCCCGGCCGCCGCCCGCAGCCCACAUCGAUGCGAUGGAAAGUCGGGGGCUGUUCUGCACCCUCUGUUACCUGAUGUUCAACGCGCCUCUGCUGUUCAUUGUCACCGCUACCUUUACUGAAGUUCCCAAAGAUGUGACUGUUAGGGAGGGAGAUGAUAUUGAGAUGCCUUGUGCUUUCCGAGCCAGCGGAUCCACCUCUUACUCCUUGGAAAUCCAGUGGUGGUACCUUAAAGAACCAGCCAGAGAACUUGCACACGAAUUAGCCAUCAGUGUCCCUGGCAGCAGGAGCAAGGUAACAAAUAAGGACGCAACCAAAAUCAGUACGGUCCGCGUCCAGGGCAACGACAUCUCGCACCGGCUGCGGCUCUCGGGCGUGCGGCGGCAGGACGAGGGCGUGUACCAGUGCCGCGUGUCGGACUACAGCGACGACGAGACGCAGGAGCACAAGGCUCAGGCGCUGCUGCGCGUCCUGUCCCGCUUCGCGCCGCCCGACGUGCAGGCGGCCGAGGCGGUGUCGCACAUCCAGAGCGGGGCCGCCCCGCGCCGCCACGGCCCCGCCGCCCGCCCCACGCCGCCGCCCGGCCCCGGCAAGCGCCCGCCGCCGCCUUCGCCGCCGGCCCCGGCACAGGGGGGCACCGCCGCCAGCGCCACCGCCGCCACUGUCACCGCCUCGACGGCCGCCGCUGCCGCCUCCUCGGCCUCGCCGCCGCCCGGGCAGGCAGCCAUCCUCCGCCAGCAGCACGGGUCAGGUACAGGACCUAUUUAUGCUACAGACCCACUCCUAUACGUGUCCCUGUUAAUACUGCAUAAGCUUGUACAUUUAUUAGUAAACCACUGACGGACUACUCCCUCCACUCCUCCUCUGCCAAACAGAAAGGAACCUAUUUAAUAACAAACAAAAUCCCUGACAAAAAAAAUACCUACAGUUUUAAAGAUGGACAGAAAGAGACUGAAAGAAGCAUGAUAAAUUCUACAUGGGGGGAAAAACAUAUUUUUUGGGAUGCCACAGAAAAGUAAAUCACAUAGAAUAAUGCAUCUAGUUUCCAGACUCUAUGGUGUAAAGCCCUGCUCUGUGCAUGGCACUUAUGAUUUCUCUAUUUUAAUGUAAUAUUUUUUCUUUUCUAAACCUUUCCUCUGACUCUUCAUUUUGCACGAACUGUUGAGCAGUUAUCUUUAUGACAAUAUGUAAAUAUGUUGGGUCAAACCCUUCCUAAGAAAGGAAAUAUUUUUAGUAGAUUAUUGUGUUUAGGUUUUUUGGAUUUCCUUUUUCUUUUUUAAUUAAAUUAUUUCUUUUGGAGACAUAAAAAGGUACAUCUUACCAUAAUUAAUAUUCACUGUCAAUAAUAUUUAUUUUUAAAUGAAGAUUGGAAACAAGAUAAGACAUUUGUUUAUAAACUGUAUUGUAUAUUGCUGAAUAACAGUUGAAUAAAAAGAUUUUGAAAUAAAGUUGUUACAGA